AUGGCUGAGGACGCUAAGGUGAAGGACACUAAGGUGGAGGACGCUAUGGUGAAGGACACUAAGGUGGAGGACACUAAGGUGGAGGACGCUAAGGUGGAGGACGCUAAGGUGGAGGACACUAAGGUGGAGGACACUAAGGUGGAGGACGCUAAGGUGGAGGACGCUAUGGCUGAGGACGCUAUGGCUGAGGAAGCUACGGUGGAGGACACUAAGGUGGAGGACACUAAGGUGGAGGACGCUAUAAAGGUGGAGGACGCUAAGGUGGAGGACACUAAGGUGGAGGACACUAAGGUGGAGGACACUAAGGUGGAGGACGCUAAGGUGGAGGACACUAAGGUGGAGGACGCUAAGGUGGAGGACACUAAGGUGGAGGACGCUAAGGUGGAGGACGCUAUGGCUGAGGACGCUAUGGCUGAGGAAGCUACGGUGGAGGACACUAAGGUGGAGGACACUAAGGUGGAGGACGCUAUAAAGGUGGAGGACGCUAAGGUGGAGGACACUAAGGUGGAGGACACUAAGGUGGAGGACACUAAGGUGGAGGACGCUAAGGUGGAGGACACUAAGGUGGAGGACGCUAAGGUGGAGGACGCUACGGCGGAGGACACUAAGGUGGUGGACGCUAUGGCUGAGGACGCUACGGUGGAGGACACUAAGGUGGUGGACACUAAGGUGAAGGACACUAAGGUGGAGGACACUAAGGUGGAGGACGCUAUGGCUGAGGACGCUAAGGUGGAGGACACUAAGGUGGAGGACACUAAGGUGGAGGACGCUAAGGUGGAGGACGCUAAGGUGGAGGACACUAAGGUGGAGGACGCUACGGUGGAGGACGCUAUAAAGGUGAAGGACACUAAGGUGGAGGACACUAAGGUGGAGGACGCUAAGGUGGUGGACGCUAUGGCUGAGGACGCUACGGUGGAGGACACUAAGGUGGUGGACACUAAGGUGAAGGACACUAAGGUGGAGGACACUAAGGUGGAGGACGCUUAG